AUGGCACGAUGGGAUGCUCGAGAAACCUUCUCCAUCGACCCGAAAGCCAGGCUUCGAUUCGAUUGCGUGGGCAUAGCUAAAUCCAUGAAUCGCAAAUGCAAGAAUCGUAUUGGAAAACCAAAACGCAUCAAAGCAUCUGAAUUACUGGAUCAACUUUCAGCACUACCUAUUUCCGGAAGAGGCUAUAAUGAAAGAGGGCUAAAAGCAAAAAUAAAAGAGCUUCUUGAUGAAGUAAUUUGUGAGAGACACAAUGAUGGAGGAGGACACUCUCAGGUCGAAAGAGUAGGAAAAGAGUGGUGGCGCAAGGUGGAGAUGGCGCAAGAAGCAAUUAGAAACAAUGAAGGGCAACAGCCACCACAGAUGAUACAGCGGAGGAGGGGAUAUAGGCCUGUUGCAGACGUGGAGCCAGCUGCUCCUGAACGGGCUCUUCAGCGUCUCGAAUUGAAUCCGAUGGAAAUCGCGGAUCAAGUCCAGGAUCUGGAGGAACGUCUUGCGCGCGAUGAGGCGGAGAGAGCGGAAUUGAUGAUGCGGAUAGAGGAAAGAAGGAGACUGUAUGAGAGAAUACGAGAGGAACAAAUGCGAGCAAGAGAGAGGGAGAUGCGAGAGGCAGCAAUGCGGCAAAGAGAAGAGGAGGAGAGACGACGAGAAGUCGAGAGAAUUCAAAGGGAGAGACAACGGGAAGCGAAUAGGAUACGCGAUGAAAGAGAAGAAAUGGUGAGGAUGGAUAGAGAGUUUGCAUUGAGACUGAUGAGAGAAGAGAUGGAGGAGGAAGAACUAAUUAGACAAGAAGAAGAAGAAGCAGAAGCACAACAACAACGAGCAGCACGAACGGCAUUGCGGAGGCUCGAGAAUAGGCGAAUUGCGCAAGUGCCAGUGCCAUACCCUUUUGCAGUACCGCAACUAUUCCGGCCCCGUCCUGUUCAACGCGGAGUUCAACGUAAACCCUUGCCGAUUGUUAUUCCUGCCUUGAACCCAUCCGCCGACAUGAAGACGCGGAUUGGUGUCGAGCGCAGUGUGGGCAAAACAUCUGUAAUGGAUGUCUUCAGGAGUGGAUGA